AUGUGCCAGCAGGUCGGAGUGAACGCACCUCUUGAUUUAUUGACUAAAACAAUGUGGGAUGUUGUAGAAUAUUUAGUGAUAACUCCAGACGGAAAACAGAUUGGGGAUUUAUUGAAAGUACGUGCAAUUUUUCGUUGGAUGACAUCAUUUGACGUGUACAGCAUAGACUCAGAAAUGAUUCCUCCUACUGAUUCACCAUUAGAACACAUGCUUAAAAUACAGUGUGACUUAAUCUCACAUGCUCAGAUGUUCUACAUGCUGUGUUUGUUAGCAGACAUUCCGUGCGUUAUCAUAAAUGGUAUUACGAAAGGUGAGCUAUACAAAGUCGGCUGCGACAUUAAUUGUGAGGAGUUGGACAGCCAGUGGAAUGCCGUUUAUGUAAAAGGUCAAUGGCAAUUUGUUGAUGUCUUCUGGGCGUCAACAUGCGUACUUGGUCGCAAUAGCGAUAACACAAUAAACAUAAGUUCAGAGGGCAAAAUUUCAAAAGGAGGGGAUAUCGAUGAUAUCGUAAGAUAUAAUGAAUUCUACUUUUUCUCUGACCCACACGAACUCAUCUAUACGCACUUCCCGGAUGAAGAAUUCUGGCAGUUACUUCCAGUUCCGGUAAAGUUUUCUAAAUUUGAAAAGUCGCCAUAUUUACGAGAAUAUUUUCAUAUGUAUGAAAUGAGUAUUGUUGAAAGAAGUUGUAUUUCCAACAAAAUGACAGCCGAAAAAGAGACAAUUAAUAUUUCGUUUGCCCUUCCGCCAAAAAGGAGUUCAAAUUAUUUAUUCAAGGUUAUGCUAACCCAGCAAAGAACACAAAUUCAAACAAAUAAACCAGUCGAUAUUUUACUAGAAAGGUUUGUGAGUGUGAUUCACACACAAGAUAAAGUAAUAUUCAAAGUAAGACUUCCGUUUUAUGGAAAAUAUCAGUUCGAUGUAUAUGGAUGUGAUUUCACAAAAUCAAAUAAUUUUUCAUUAGUUUGUUCAUACAUGAUAGACUGUAUAGACCCCAAAGAACCAUGUUUACCAUUCCCUGAUUUUCCGGAAGUAGGAUUCGGUAAUAAUCCGCAUGCAGAAAAAUUGGAUAUCUACGCAAUUUCCCCAAAAUCACCAUUUAUAAGGACAGGGAAUGGCGUAGUAGAAUUUAUCAUUCAUAUUGAUGCAAAAUUAGAAAUAUCCCACAUGCUCAAAAGCCUAUUGAUAGGAAGUGGUACUCUGAGCAGACAUGUUGUUGCUAGAAGAGAAAAAGAAAUGUACAUAGCAAAUAUAAAACUACCAAGAGAAGGCGAAUAUGCUAUUAAGUUUUAUAUUGGUCAAACGGAAGACAAUAUUACUCAAAAUUUCCCAACUGACUUGCUGAAUUUUGUAAUCAAAUUUAAAGGAGAGGAAAGACCAUGUAAUUUACCUUAUCCCAACAUUCCCGAGGGUCAACUAGGUGCAAAGUUAGAUGCCAUGUCACUAGGAGUGAAAUGUUUGAGUAAAACCGGAGACUCUUUAAAAGCUCCAGAUGGAACAGCUUCGUUUCGUUUCCGGGCAGAUGACUCACUUGAGCUGUUUUGUGAGCUUUCUUGUUGUAAACGCGAGGGCAACAGUAGAGUAUCAGUUGAAACAGAAGUAAAUAAUGGAGUAUGGAAAUUUGACGUUGACAUGCCGAUUCCUGGAGAAUAUUCUAUGAAUGUAUUUGCAUUCAAGAAAAAUGAUCAUUCCCGAUUGCAUCAGAUACACAGUUUCUUCAUUCACUCCGAAGGAAACAUAAUAAGACGAGUAAGGUUUUCCGAUGACAGUAUCGUGGAAAAUAUAAUAUCAGACACAAUUAUUACUGCUAAACCUGACGUCGUUAUUCCGAUACCGAGUCCAACACAGUACGAGACAAUAUUUACAACUGUACGUAAAACAGAUGAGAAGAUAUACGAAAAUGAAAACGAAAUAAAAGUAAAAACUAACAAAGAUUCAAUUGAAAUACGUUUAAAUGAUUAUGGCGAAUAUGUACUGGAGGUGUUCACGCAUGAUAAGUAUGAGAAUGCAAUAUGUACGAGCGGAAGGUUUUAUAUACAUUUCAAAAAGGAUGAAGACAUUUACGAAGAUGAUUUCCAAGAACUCGUUAAUACGCUCAAACCUGUAGAUGAAAUAGAACCUGUUGAAGAACCCAUUCCGGACAGAAAGGAUAGCGUAUUUGAACAGGGUCAGUUUGAGGAGGUAUGUAGUGAAGAUUCAGACAGUGACAAUGCUGAAGUUAAUGAAGAACAAGAAAUGGAUGGCAAUGAAUCAGAUACAGCGAUAACUUUUAAUGAAGAUAUCGCGUCGGUCUCCUUUACUGAAGACGGAACAAAAUCUGUGGCUAUGACGGAAGAUACAGACUUUCAAGAAGACAUGGAUGAAAUGGAAGAAAUAGCAAAAGAACAAUUUAAGCAAGUUAAAGAAAAGUCUAUUAAGAAGAAUAUGGCAAAGGCAUUGAAAUCAAAAGACCUGAAACAAAUGAAGACACAACUUAAGCGAUUCAAGCAGUUUGACCUUGACCCCGAGGAUAAGAUGGUAGCUUAUGUACAGAAAGUAGUUAAAGAGCUCACAGUCAAGGAAAAAAUGGCAGAAGCAUGUCGUCGACGAAAUCCUAAAACAAUUAAGAAAUAUAUCAGUGAAGCAAAGGAGGCAAACUUUGAUCAUCGACUUGACAUGCAAAUUCAACUAUCAAAAAAGAUUCUCGACAGAGUAACAAAAGUCGAAAAAUUGAUGAAGCCUUUGUUAAAAAUGAAUCAAAACACGCUGACCGAAAUGAAAAAAUAUAUGACACCUCCUGAAAGUGUUCAUCAGAUUCUUAAAGCCACUUGUAUACUUCUUGGAGAUGACCCUAAGAAACUUCAGACAUGGAAGGACUGCCAGGGUCUUCUUUUUAAAACCGGUAAAGAAAAUAUAAUGAGGAGAGUCUCACAGUUUGAUUUCAACUCGACGUCACCAACCAUGAUCAGUAAAAUCAACAGUAUACUUAAACCCUACAAUCUAGUACAGAUACGUGACGCUAGUAUCGGUGCUGCUGCAUUCUAUCUAUGGAUCACUGGUAUCUUAGACGAGAUAAAGAAACCACGUCGAAAUAAAAGUAAAGACAUACUACCAAGAUCCUCUAGACCAAGGCCGUCAACUCUGUCAGUGCAUCACCACGGCGGUAGCUUCCUAGUUCGAAUAUGAACAGAUUAGAAACCACCAAUGACCAUUCAAAUAAAUAUAUAAAAGAUGCUGUGGUAAAAUCAACACACCUUG